AUGAACAGUCAUAAGCAAUAUACAUCUGGACUGCAAGUAGUCGCUGUAAUCACUGCAGUCAGUGGAUGGCUGCUCCCAGAAUGCAGGGCCUCGAUCGAAAACCCUGGCCUGCUGCCAACCCCUCCCAUGGGUUUCAAUGGCUGGUCACGCUUCCAAUGUAACAUCAACGAGACCAUAUUUACACAAACUGCUGAUGCCAUGAUAUCUACGGGACUGCAAGCUGCGGGUUAUAACCGUAUCAACCUCGACGAUUGCUGGAUGGCAGAUUCCCGCACCGACCAAAACACUUUGACGUGGAAUACAACCACAUUCCCUCAUGGCCUACCUUGGCUUGGAAGCUAUCUGACAGAACGCGGCUUUUACUUUGGUAUUUACGAAGAUGCGGGAAAUGUCACGUGUGGUGGCUACCCUGGCUCAUACAAUUAUGAAGCUAUUGAUGCAGAAACAUUUGCAUCAUGGGGGAUUGACUACUUGAAAGUUGAUGGUUGCAACGUAUCGCCAGGAACGGAAGCUGAGUAUCAUGAGCGUUACUCGACCUGGCAUGAAGUCUUCAACAACAUGUCUUCACCACUUAUUUUUUCUCAGUCCGCACCUGCUUACUUUUCUAAAUGGAUCACCGGAUCAGAUAACUUGACCGAUUGGUAUACAACUAUGGAUUACAUGCCCUACAACGGAGAACUUGCAAGACACUCAUCUGACAUUAUCGUGUAUGCAUUGAAUGCCACUUCAUGGGAUGGCGUCACCAGCCCAUGGGGAAGUAUCAUGCAGAACUACGUUUACGAGAUCCAAUUGGCGCGUUAUCAGGUUCCUGGAUACUAUAAUGACCCGGAUUUCCUAAUUGCGGAUCACCCCGGACUUUCACUGGACGAGAAGAAAUCUCAAUUUGCUCUUUGGGCCUCCUUUUCAGCGCCGUUGAUCAUUAGCGCCUGGAUUCCAGGACUGCAGGAGGAUGUUCUCUCGUACUUAAAGAACUCCGAUCUAAUUGCUAUCGACCAAGAUAAGCUAGCCCAACAGGCGACAUUAGUCAGUCGUGAUGGUGCAUUUGAUGUUUUUUCGAAGAGCUUGGAUAAUAGCGAUCGCCUGGUGACUGUUCUCAACCUGGGUAAUACUACAUCUAGUACGAGUAUCAGCGUACCUCGCAUCGGCCUGGUCGAGGAGUUACUCGGCGUCAAGGUUGAAUACACUGCUAAAGACCUUUGGACAGGCAAAACUAUUAUAUUCCAAAAUAAGCUGGAAAUCAAAGAUCUGGCCUCUCAUGCAACUGCUGUCUAUCGAAUCUCACUCUCGGCCAUUCUCUCCGAACUGGUCAUUCCGACUGGUCUCAUCUUUAAUGACGCUUCGUUCAAUUGUCUCACUGCUGAAAGUUCAAAUGAGAAAAACACACAAAUUGCUUUCAAUACCUGUUCAGGUGCUGACGAGCAGGUCUGGCAGAUUCGACCGCUCGUGGGAACCGUCAGCCCACUUUCCGACACAAGUCUCUGUCUCACAGCGAGGAACAAACAAGCGAAAUUGGAGCGGUGCGCAGUCAUUCCUCUGGAUUUAUACCAGCAAUGGGACUAUUCAGUUCGUGGAUACUUGACGAACAGACUUACUAAGGAAUGUGUAACUGAGUCCACUCAGUCAACACUGUCCACAUGUCAGUAUGAGGAUAAUAGCCAGAUAGCAUUCCAGGUUACUAUAUCUCAUGGUUUCUUUCUUCGGCGGUCACUAUUUAUCUACCAUAUACCUACUAAACCCCUGGACAUUUAUCGUUGA